GACUUAAUUUUCAGAGCAAGUUUACCAAAUUUGCUUCAUUAUCGGAUGAGUCCAAAAGAGAAUGAGAUUUUAAGGGAAAAGCUGGAGGAAUUGCGUGACAAGGGACUGAUUCGAGAAAGUAUGAGUUUAUGUGCUAUUCCAACCUUGCUUACGCCAAAGAAGGAUGGGAGUUGGCGAAUGUGUGUGGAUAGUAGGGCAAUCAACAAGAUUACAGUUGGAUGCAAAUUCCUUAUUUCAAGGUUAGAUGACAUGUUGGAUCAAUUACAUGGAGCUACUGUGUUCUCCAAACUUGACCUUCGGAGUGGCCACCACCAAAUUCGGAUUAGACCAAGGAACGAAUGGAAAACUGCAUGAAAAGAGGAAGAAGCAAGUUUUGCUUUGGUUAAAGAAAAGUUAUGUACUGCACCUAUUUUAGCUUUGCCUAGCUUUGACAAAUUAUUUGAGGUGGAGUGUGACACAUGUGGGGUAGGAAUUGGAGCUGUACUUUCUCAUGAAAGGAAACUUGUUGUUUACUUUAGUGAGAAGCUUAGCGAUGCUCGGAAGAAGUGGAUGACUUAUGAUCAGGAGUUCUAUGUGGUAGUGAGGGUUUUGAAGACUUGGGAACACUACCUUAUUGGGGUACUAGCUGCUCAUCUAGGUAGAGACAAGACCUUAGAAGCUGUCAAAGAGCGCUACCUUUGGCCUAAAUUACAAAGGGAUGUUGAUCACUUUAUGAAGAGAUGUUAUGUGUGUCAAACCUCCAAAGGGCACUUGCAAAACACUAGGUUUUCAAAAAUGGCUCAUUUCAUCCCAUGUCGAAAAAUUGCUGAUGCUAGCAACAUGGCCAAGUUAUUCUUUCAAGAGGUGGUACGCCUCCAUGGAGUGCCCAAGUCAAUUGUAUCAGAUCGCGACACUCGGUUUCUUAGCCAUUUUUGGACAACCUUAUGGAGGAUGUGCGACGCUUCUUUAAAGUUUAGUAGUACUGCACAUCCUAAGACAGAUGGGCAAAUAGAGUCACUAAUCCAUACCCUUGGUAACAUGAUUAGAAGUAUUUGUGGGGAUAGACCCAAACAAUGGGAUUUUGCUUUAGCUCAAGCGGAGUUUGCCUAUAACAGUGCAAUACAUAGUGCCACUGGUAAGUCCCCAUUUUUUGUUGUUUACCAAAAGGUACCCAACAAUGCUGUGGAUUUGCUUAAGUUGCCUAGAACAUGUGGAAUCAGUGCAACAGCUAAGAACUUAGUAGAGAAAAUUCAUGGGGUCUAUGAAGAAGUAAGGCAAAAGCUUGUAGCAACCGACGUGAAAUAUAAGAAAGCAGUGGACAAGCACAGGGAAGAAAGUUUCUUUGAAGAAGGUGACUUGGUGAUGGUAUUUCUUUGCAAAGAAAGGUUUCCAAUGGGGACUUAUAACAAAUUGAAACCCAAGAAGUUUGGCCCAUACAAAAUCCUUAAGAAGAUCAACAACAACAUUUAUGUGGUUGACCUUCCAACGUCCAUGGGUAUUUCCCACACUUUCAAUGUGGCUAACAUCUUUCCAUAUGUUGGUUCAAUAGAAAAGAUUUACCUAGAGCUCAUAUGGAUAACUCAAGGUGGAGUUUUUCACAAGUUGGGGAAACUAAUAUAGACCUUGGUUUAGAGACAUGUCCUGUACAGUUGGGACAAGUUGUAGGCAAGCAAGGGCGGAGCCAAGAAUUUAGUUAAGGGGGCCGGCUUUUCAAGUCUUAAAAUAAUGUAUUGUAAUUUUG